AGACUUCCAAAAACCGAAACUUUAGGUUUUUUUCGCAAGUCUCUGUGCGCAGUGCAAACUCGUUCUUCUUCUGGCCGAGAAACUAAAACCCUAAGCUCGAUUUCGAUUCUGCAACUAUGAGUCGUUCAGGUCAGCCUCCGGAUCUCAAGAAGUACAUGGAUAAGAAACUCCAAAUCAAACUUAAUGCAAACCGGAUGGUUGUUGGAACUCUUCGUGGUUUCGACCAGUUCAUGAAUCUCGUUGUGGAUAACACCGUGGAGGUGAACGGUAAUGACAAAACAGACAUUGGGAUGGUGGUGAUUAGAGGAAACAGCAUUGUCACCGUUGAAGCUCUUGAACCAGUGGGUAGAUCUUCUUAGCUCCGGUUAUAUGCAUCAGUAAUCACCUCUUUUGUACUAAGGACUAGUUUUUAUGCUCUGUUUGAGAAACUGGGUGGUAGAUUCGCUGUUAUUAUGAACUGAUCCAGUAAGAAGUCUUCAUGAAUACUCUUUCUUGUACUAAAAGAUUGCGAUGAACCCCAAGGAAUGUGAUGGAUAGGCGAAUUUCUUUUUUA